GACAGUUUAAUGUUUAUAUUAUAAAUUUUAUAACUAUGUUUUAAAUUUAAUGACACGGUUAAGGCUCUGUGGCGGUGCACAUAAUCUUGCAUUUUAUUAUCAAGUGUAGCUAACAGUCUGCUGCUAAAAUAUCUGGUAGACUUUUGUUUUUGUUGCAGAAACAUCACAGUUGUGUCUCACGGUCUCAGAAAGUAAACCAAUUUGCAAGAAUUUCCCUCCAGUUCCCCACUCUUAUCCAUUUUCAGAAAGCCAUGACCGACCAAUCACAGACGAAUCUUGAGCUCUACAAGCUCCCUCAGACUGUCCGGGGCAUGACAGAACUGGACCGAGCAGCUUUCAGUCAGACAGUCACUGUUCCUGCCAUACGGAUACCAACCGGUGCUGUCCACAAAAUGGUGAAGAGCUUGAAGAAAGUGGCACUAAAGAGGCCAGGACUCAAACGGGUCAUCGAGGAACACAGUGAAGAUGUUACUAAAGACCAUAGUGGACAUCGGCUGCUGCUGUUGGACCCAAACAUAAUUACUUCUAAAGAUUCAUUUGGCAGCGAGGAGGUGGAAGCUCUGAAAGCAUGUGGAGUGACUCAGGAGAUCCAGAAGUAUGAACUGAAACUCACCUAUGAGAACUUUAAGAGCGAUGAGAUACUGCAAGCUGUUCUUCCUGAAGGCCAGGACGUGACAUCAGGAUUUAGCAGAGUGGGCCACAUUGCCCACGUGAACCUAAGAGACCAUCAGCUCCCCUACAGAAAUCUGAUUGGUCAAGUAAUCAUAGAUAAGAACCCAGGAGUUACUUACGUGGUUAACAAGACCAACACUAUUGAUUCCACUUAUAGAAACUUCCAAAUGGAGGUUUUGGCAGGAGAGAGUAGCAUGGUAGUAAAAAUACGCGAGAAUGGUGUGUUUUAUGAGUUUGAUUUCUCUCGUGUGUACUGGAACCCUCGACUGAGCACCGAACACGAGCGCAUCAUUUCCCUUCUUCAGCGCGGUGAUACUAUAGUGGACGUUUUCGCCGGGGUCGGUCCGUUCGCGAUUCCAGCGGCCCGUCGGGGCUGCAAUGUUCUCGCUAACGACUUAAACCCAGAGUCCUUCCACUGGCUCCAGCACAAUGCUAAACUCAACAAGGCUGACCGAAAAAUAACAUCAUUUAACAUGGAUGGACGGGACUUCAUCCGGGGUCCUCUACGGGAGCGCCUGCCUGCUCUAAUGAAGGGAUCGCAGAAGAUUCAUGUGGUGAUGAAUCUUCCCUCUUUGGCUCUUGAGUUCCUCGAAGCUUUCAGAGGUCUGCUGGGCCCGGAGGCAGACCAGAGCCUUGACAACAUGCCCCAGGUGCAUUGCUACGGGUUCUCCAAGGCAGAUGAUCCUCGGAGGGAUGUAGUGGAGCACGCGGAGGCAAAUUUAAAGACUUCCCUGCAAGGACAGUGUUCUGUGCACCUGGUGAGGAACGUGGCACCCAAUAAGGAGAUGAUGUGUGUGAGUUUUACACUACCGAGAGGGGUCCUGUAUUCUACACAUACUCAAGACAGAGAUGUUUCAGACGAGCCAAAUCCUAAGAAACAGAAGUGUGAGAAUCUAACAGACUGAAUAAACUCAGUUUUUUAAAUAAAUCAUUAUUCCUUGCCAGUGAAUGCUGUUGCAUUUCUUUGAGACAAACACACAACCAACG